AUGAAUGACCUAUAUAAUAUCAAUCCCAAGAUGACUGAUCAUCAAUCAGUCACAUUAAUGGCAUUACGUUCGAUACAAUUAAUAAAAAAUGUUAUUGGAGAUAUUACUGGUUUUACAUAUAAUGUAACAAGUGGUGGUCUAUCACGUCGUUCAUUAGUUAGUUCGAAAGAUGCAUUCGCGAAA